AACCUCCAAAGGUCCAUAAACUUAUCCUGCUUUAACAACGCCAGGCGACACACAUUAAAGACGGCGGGGGCCUGGUCUUUAUCUUGGACCUUGUCAAAAGCCGGGCGCGACGUUACUCCCGUUACCCCUUGGAAUUUGGAAGUAGUCACAUCCCUUCAACUUGUUCAAAAUGGAUGGGCAAUCAUCUAGCCAAGCUGGUCCCAGCACCGCGCCAGAAACUUCAUCUACACGGACACCUCUUGGUAUCUCAGGGUGUGAGGUUGGCGUGUUAGAUCCUAGUCAACGUGACCGUCUUCUCAGCACACCGGACGCGAAGCUUUCAUUCGCCACCUUCCAUCCCCGCACUGCGGCUGCUUUUCAAUCUGGACAGCCACAUAAACUUUCUACUCAGGACGAGCUAUGUAACUCGAAGCGGAUUGUAAUUGAAACCGUUCCAGGUGGCGAAAGCUUUUGGCGUUGGGUGCCCAGAGCCCGUGGCGUCCAGAGCGUCGAAGAAGAGGGCCACUUUCCAAGGGUGAUCGAGAUUUGUGGUGAACUCGUACAUUGCACUCAAGAACAAUGGGAUAUCUAUAAACUAGAUCCUGCCUAUGACUGCUUGAUCCAGCCACCACCAAAGUUGACCGUCAUAUCGCGGAAAGGCAAGAAACGUGCCUCUGAAGCCCCGUCCGAAGGUGCAACUAGGAAAGCCGGUGCCGGUUUACCAGAUGAAGAGCCUUCAAAGAAGAAAGCUCGACACGUCCACGUCGAAACGGUUCCCGAGUCGGACUCAGAUGAUGAAGACGAAGUGAUCGAAAUGAUCAUCGACGAGAGCCAGAAACCACGCAUACCAAGUAGAUUGAAAGAGCUCCACCAAGAGCGAGCUCGACAACGCCACCGGCAGAGAGUGUCCAGCGGUCGUACUCGGCCUGCGGCUCCCCCAAUGGGCGACCAGGAAAUCCAAGAACUGAGCAUGAUUGAUCUCACGCUUGAGGAUGAAUCACCGCCUGCCGCUUCCCCUCAAGCUGCUGAUGCCUUCACGUUCAAACGAACAUACGACGAGCAGAGUGGGCGGCCAAGUAAGCGCGUACGAACCCGUCCCCCCAGUCAAGAAAAACAUGGACCUCGACAUCCUCCUCAAAAGGCACGAGAGAAAUUGGAGGAGAGGAUCAAGAUAAGUCGGAUGCAACGUGAACAGGCUUUCGUCCAGAGCUUGUUUGCGGCUGCAGCUGAAGCCAAUCAAACCGGCACAAAUGGAGCAUAUACCACGUAUGAUACCCGGUAUACAAAUGGCAGUCCGGAUCUGGUCAGCCUUGAAGAGAAGAUUCGGCGUGUGGCUGAAAUCAACGAAUAUGAACAAGCUCGCGCAGCCGAGAGGGCUCGAAAAGAACGAGAGGCUCAGGAAGCAGCCGAACGCAGACGCAGAGCUGAAGAACUGCGUGCUCGAUUGGAGCAAGAGAGGAUAGAGCAAGAACGACGAUGGGCACGAGAACAAGAGCGAAGACGCAGACAAAAGGAGCAGGAGCGAUGGCUAUACGGGCCUUGGACAAGCCAGCGUGCAUUGGAGCGUUAUAGGAUGCUAUCUGACGUCUUCGACGUGGCUAAGUUCUCGCCUGAGAAACCGAUAGGUUUCCUUGAUAUCCCAUGGCCAGUCUUAGCUCGACCGACAACCUACGGGCCGCAGGACAUCGACUGGACUGCUGUGGAACACUUCUUCAAGACCGUGCGGACGCAUAUGCGCUCACAGGAUUACAAAUUGUUUGUGGAGAAGAGCCAUAAAAGAUUCCAUCCGGAUCGCUGGAAAGCCAGACGGGUGCUACAGAGUGUAGAAGAUGAGGAGGAGAGAUCUUUAAUGGAGGUUGCAGCGAAUACCGUCGCGCAGGCGAUUACGCCACUUUGGAGAGAAGUGAAAGGUUAAUAUCUUCCGUCAGCGACACCUCGUCACCUUGUUCAAGGGUGAACGCGUUUUUGUAUGUAUGGCUGGGGUCGAAAGGAUCACUAUUUUGUAGCUUUAUCAAUCAGACAUCUGUCUCAUACCCAGUAGCGUCGGGCUCGUCGGACAGGAUCUACGUGUGGGUCACACUCUAGCUUUGCGCAACUGAGCUAUGGCCUUCUCUCAAGUGCACGAGAUAUCCUGGGAGUGAUCUUCGAGAACUACAAAGGUGGGGUCAUAAAUUUUGACCGUCCAAACGAUGCCUUGUAGACCGGCCCAGUCUGUGUGUGUUGGCCUCUUGUUCUUGGCGAGUGGUGCCGAAAUAACUGAGUCGGAGGCUGUAAUCGUCUUCGGCGCAUUGCACUCG